GACACCGCAAAAAAAACGGGUCUUUGUUAAUAGUGAUUUUAGUGUCACUAAAGAUUUUAAUAAGAAGUUGUUGAAGCUUCAAAAACUUCGUUGCACAGUCUCUUUUAAUCUUGAUAAAUCAAAUCAGUUUCGUAACAAAAAGAAUAACACUAACGAAAGAUCAAAUAUGGCGGUAUCUGGAGGGCAAUACAGAGCAAUAGGCGCAACGUUACUCCUUUCUUCUGCAUCUUUCACAGGUCGAAAUAAA